AUGGCGCACCAGGUGGACGCGCAGCCCAGCCUGGGGCCGGAUGGCCUGUCAGCCGAUGCUCAUUCGGAUGAUCGAGUUCGAAUCAACCUUCAUGGGCCACAGCUUGAGGCUCUUCGCCGUUCCGUGAUUGAGAAGGGCCAAAUCACCAUCUUUCUCUCCAGUCCCUUUGUCACCAUGGAGCACGAGCGGACCCUCUUUGUCGAGUCCUAUGUACCCAUGCUCAAAGCCACCUGCGAGUCGCGUGGCAUUCUGCUGAAGGUGGUGGAUCUCCGCUGGGGCAUCACUCAGGAGCAAGCUGACGAGAACGAAACCCUGCUGAUCUGUCUCAAGGAACUAUCGCUGAGCGACAUUUUCGUUGGGCUCUACGGCCGCCGCUACGGGUCCUGCUACGACCCCGCCGACCCGAAUUCAGCCUGGGUCCUUCAUAACUUUGAGCAGGCCAAGGCGGAACAUCCCUGGAUCAUGAACUAUCAGGAUCGCGCUGUCACGGAGAUUGAGUUUCGCCACGGCUUUCUAAACAAUCCAACUGCGGUGCGAUUGCCAAAUAUCGCUCGUCGCAUGCAUCGCAUGUCCCCCAAUGGCAGCCUCUGCCCGACCAACCAUGUCUGCACAUGCCUGAUUUUGACACCUAGCUUCGUCGCAUUUCGGGACGCCGCCUACGAUGAGCGCAUCUAUCAAGAGGCGCUAGCUAAAUCGGACAGAGGGCUCGCUCGAAAGUACACCCCACCGCCACCGGGGCAAAUUGCUGCACUUCAACGGUUACGACAAGAAUGCUUCAAUGCCGCCCUGAGCGCGCAACGGGAGGGCAAAGGUUGUCUCCUCCUUCGCGAUUACGAAGAGCCGGAAGAUGUAGUGCUGGAAAUGUAUACCUUUGUGCGCAAGCUACUUCAGUCCAUCCUGCCCGUCAUGUCCGUCACGCACGAGGCCCGCAUCCUCAGGAACCAUCGCGCCUUCAGCUUGGCAAAACAGCGCAUGUUUGUUGGUCGGACAAACUUUUUGGCCGAACUCAACAAGCAUGCUUAUCCCUCUGACACGUCAAGCCAUGAUGGCAAGCUGAUUUGUGUGGCUGGUGAAGCUGGGCUGGGCAAAUCUGCCGUCCUCGCCCGCUGGAUUCACGCCUACCCGCAUGCCGACACCACCGUUGCUUUCCAUCACCUCGGUUGCGAUGCCACCUCCACCUCUCUGCACGGCAUUCUGAGCAACAUUGCCCUGCAGCUCAACAUCGAAGUACCUGAGAGCCAUGAUCUUCAUGCCGUCUUUGAAGCGUUUGUCGCUGCAGCCAGCGCCCUGACCCCAGCACCAACAGGCAAUCCACCUCCCAGCAAGCGAGCUCACCAGGCUAGCUCGACGUCGACGCCCGUGACCCAGCACAUCUUCUUGGUCCUUGACGGGGUCAAUCGCCUGAACGAUACCACUUACACCUGGCUCCCGGGUCGUCGCACCUUUACUAUGGAGUGGGUCUCCGCGCUGGUGCAACGCGUUUCUGGCUUGACCGUCAUCGUCUCCACGUCGGACGAACACCAGCUCAGCCGCUUGCGCCAAAUGCAUGCGGUCAUUCUGCCGUUGAGCCCACUGGCGCCGGACGAGCAACGCGCCAUUGCGGAGGCGCACAUCUCGGCAGCCUCCAAGACGCUGCCCGACCACCUGCGCGACCAACUGCUCGAGAAUCCCCACACCACAAAUGCACUUUUCCUCGAAUUUGCUUUGCAAGAACUCGUGCAAUUUGGUCGACACAGCCUGCUGCCUGGCAAAAUCCAAGAGCUGGCUGCCUGCACCAGCCUGCAAGAGCUCAUUGCUGUCAUUCUCAAACGCCUUGAAAACCUCUUCAUUCACGUGCCUCAGGCCAAUGGGCGUAACGUCGUCGCCAAUGUAUUUUGUUUUCUAGCUUGCUCUCGCCACGGCUUGACCAUUGACGAUGAGCUGCGCCCGAUUCUCGGUCUCGAUUCUCCGCACAUGUCCCUCAAGUGGUCCCAGUUGUACUUUGCAAUCAAGAUGUUUUUGACUGUGCGCGAUGGCGCAUAUAACCUCCAUCACGACGCUAUCCGCCAGGCCGUCAAAACACAUUACCUGCAGGAUACACCUGGCUAUCACCUUGCCCUGGCCGCCCUCUUUCUUUCCUUCAAAGGCCGAUGCCGACGCGACACCCUCGAUACCUUUCCAACACACCAUCGAACACUCGAUGAGAUCGAGGCGCACCCGAUGUUGCGAGAAGUUCGUACAACCUGGUUCCCGUCAUCUCCGCCUGAAACUACCGCGGAACGCCUGGCAUCCGUGCCCAGUGCGACCACGCAGGCCUCCAAUACUACGGUGGUGGGGUCAGGCGCGCUUGAUCUGCGAGCGCUCUCGGAGCUUCCAUUUCACCUUUGUCGUGGCCAGGCGGUCGAUUCGGCCAUUGCGCUUUUGACCAGUAUUCCUUUUCUGCAUGCCAAGUCUAUCGCAGGUCUCAGCUUUGAGCUGCUCGAAGACCUUGAGCUUUUGCGUUCCAUGUCGAGCCACGAUGGCAUUCGCGCCUUGCACCGGGUUGUGCAGACGUUCCGCUACGAUUUUGUACGUAAGCAGCAUAACCUAUGGCAAGCCCUAUUGAACCAGCCCAACAACGGCUUUUGGCACCGUCGUGCUCUGUCAGCGAGCAGGCAGCGUCCCCUACACUCUGACACUGAGCGCGAUUUUCAGCUCCUGCCUUUGCUUCUGGAGUGGCAAAACAAGCCCAACACGCGUGACGUGUGUCGUGGCAUUUUUUCUGAGCACACCGGCAUUGUACACGGCUGUGCUGUUUCUCUUUGUGGUCGCUUUGGGCUCAGCGUCGGACGUGAGGGGGCAGUUUGUUUUUGGGACGUCGAGCGGCAUCGGCUCGUGAGGCGUUUUGAUGCGCACGAGGGCAAGGUGUCGGCUUGUGCCUUCGAACCCUCUUUUUCGGAGCCUACCUAUGCUGUGUCAGGGGGCAAAGAUCGAAAGUUGAUUCUGCACGACUUGGCAACGGGACACGAUGAACUCUUGCUCGAGUGGUCUGGCAGCAGCAAGAGCGGCGAGCUCGUACGUUGUGUGACACUGCGCGUACCCGCUGCAGCGCUACCGCAUCGUCGCGCCGCCCUGCGCCGACAACGUACAGAGCCCAGCAGCGAUGGUGCUGGUGUGGCCGCCAGCGUCCGGCCCUCCUUGACCUCCGAGUCGUCGGUGGAAGACCACACGGAUGAUGUCGACGUGGUGGUUGUGGGCACAGGCGACCGCAAAGUCAUUGUGUACGAUAUAACCGGCCGGCAGGUCAUUCAUCGUUUGGAGGGCCACCAGGGUAGCCUUCGCGAUCUGGCAGCCGUGCCCGAUCUGCAUCUCGUACUUUCCUGUGAUGCAGUGUCUGUGCGCAUGUGGAAUGUCUGUACUGGUCGGCAGGUGGGUGUCCUGGAUGGCCUCGCCGAUGUGUUCGGCGUAACCGCACGUAUUGCUCGGCCAGAUGUGAACGAGGAAAGCGCCACGCGUGCCUUGCUUCAGGUGGCAGUGGCGACGGGCAAACAGGUUGACCUGUAUGAGGCUUUCUGCGUCAAUGACGCCUGGCGAUUGUCCCGAUCUCGAAGUUGCGUUGGCCCACGCAACAAGGUGCGCUGCACCAGCUUCGCCGACGAUGGCCAACUUGUGAUUGGCGGAGCCGAUGACAACCAAUUGCAUUUGUGGCGAGUUCGCGAUGGCACCUUUGUCACCUCUAUUGCUGGACACUCAGGUGCCAUCAGUCAGUUGUCAGCCCUCGGGGACACGUUGGUCUCCAGUAGCUGCGACAAGACCAUGCGGCUUUUCGACCUGUCCCAUGGAACGGAAGGUCUAAAUGAGGCAGCAGACUCGCAAUAUCUUCCUUUGCAUCGGGCUGCCGUUCUUGGGUGUGCAUGGGUUACCAGCCAGAGCUUUUUGACAGCCUCAGCGGAUGCCGCAGCGAGCGUGUGGGGAAUCUCUCUGCAGAACGAGCUGGCCUAUCGUGGUCAUUCCAACUGGAUACUUUGCUGUGACGCUAUGCAGAGUGACGUUUGCUCUUGGGGUGCGUGCGCCGUGGUGGGCUCGCAAGACACCACGCUUUCUGUUUUUGAUUUGACACAAGGCCAGGCACGGGCCUCGCUGCGAGGCCAUUCUGGUCCCGUGACGGGCUGUUGUUUCGUGGACGAUUCGCACGUUGCCUCGUGCAGUCAAGAUGGAACUGGUCGUCUAUGGCGCUUGGAUCGACAGAAUGAUGUGACGUGUGUGUGGACCUUUCGGGCCAAAGAGCCCCUGCGUGCCGUUGUGGCCAUGCCAAACGCAGAUGGACCUGACCAGGUCGUGUUUGCCUCAGAACAAGGCGUGGUGUACCUCGCAUCAGUCUGUGGCGAUGGCAAAGCCAAUGUCAUCUUCCAGGCAAAGUCAGCGGUGACGGCAGUGGUAUGGUUGUGGAGCGAGUCCCUGCUGUUUGUGGCGACGCAAUCUGGCAACGUGUAUGCACUGCAAGAUCCCAUGUUUACCAGGCCAGCGCCCGACAGAGGAACGGAAGUGGACACACAAGAAUCGGACAAUGCGGUCAAUUCGGAGGCACAGCCGGAACACGUCGUGCCAGCUGAAAAUUUGAUUAGGGGCCAAACGGGCGAAUCGCUGACCCAGUGCAAGGCCGGCGCCAAUGCGCUGUCAUCCAUUGCAAUCACGUGCUCGGCCGACAACUGCCUGCGCCUGGCCGUCGGGGAUGUGGUGGGGCACGUGGCUCUGUUGGAUAGUCAGGAACCGCUGAGUGCGCUCUCGGUCCCGUGA